CUGCUCCUGCCAUUCGCUUGUGCAUGGAGAGUCCGGGAGAGAUGGACGAGCGGUUUGCCCCCGUAACCGCGGCGACCGGGGCGUUGGGGCCGGUCCUGGUGAAGCUCUCUGCUUUGCUGGGUGAUGAGUACAAACUACACGAGAAGACCCGGGGAGACAUCAUGUUCAUCAAAUCCGAGCUCGAGCCAGUUCACCAUCUCCUGUGGAAGUUAUGGGGGAAGUUGGAUCUUGAUGCGGCAUGCAAGAACUGGAUGACAGAGGCCCGAGAGCUGUCCUACGACAUGGAGGACGACAUCGACGACUUCACUCUCGGUUUGGAGCGUGGUGACGGCAGCUUCAUCCAGCGGGAAGCCACAGACAGCCCUUUCAAGGAAUUCAUGGAAAGAGUCAAAGAUGUAUCGAAGAAGUGCGGCAAGAUGCAGAAGAUUGGCGACGCCAUCUGCAACCGUAGCAAGCUGACCACCGACCCUCGAGCUCACUUCCUCCACAAGGAUGCAUCGGAGCUUGUGGGCAUGGAAGAAAAGAAGGCGGAGGUCAUCCAGUUGCUUCAGAAGCACGAAAUGGUAUGCAUUCUUGGACCUGGAGGGAUGGGCAAAACAACUCUUGCAGAUCUGGUGUAUCAGACAAUAGUAGGAGAUGAAUUCCAAUGCCGGGCUUUCGUGUCCGUGCACCCAAGUCCUAACAUGACGGAGAUUCUGGGUACCAUCCUCAGCCAAGUAACAGAUGGUGCAAUGUCUGCUGGCAGUGGCACCGAACCUGCAGCCCAACAAAAUAUCGUCACCGACAUAUCAAUUUCCCUCUCUGACAAGAGUGGCACUGAACCGCCUGCAGCCGAGCAAAAUGAUUUCAUCAAACGCAUAUCAAAUUUCCUCUCUGACAAGAGGUACCUGGUCAUAAUUGAUGACAUUUGGCGCUGGGAAGAAUGGGAAGUCAUCCGUAAGGCUCUUCCCAAGGAUAAUCUGGGCUGUAAAAUAAUCAUGACGACCCGGGUCAGGAGUAUAGCUGAGAAAUGUGAAACUGAACAACGCGCAGGUGUGUACGAACAGAAGUUUGGUCGUGCGGAAGCUGAAAGACUAUCAGCUAUGAGACUGAGCAAAUCUGUCGAGGGGCUGUCAACUUUCAGCUAUGAGAUUGCGGAUUUGUCCACUGAGAUUGCGGAUAUGUGCGACAGUCCACCAUUUGAUUUUUGUCCGCUAGCAGUAAUCUGUUUGUCGUCAGCAUGGGCAGAGAGCCACCAUGUGCAAGGUGAUGAUGAGGAAUUUUAUUGGGCAAGACACGUUCUGUAUGAUGGAUUUCUGAUCACUCCAUCCUUGAAACCACUGGUCCAGAGUCUAUGCCUUGGUUUCGACGAUCUUCCCGUUCAGCUGAGGACUUGCUUGCUAUACUGUACCAUAUGUCCUUCGAUGGGUUAUACGGGAGGCUUGGUGAGAAAGUGGGUUGCUGAAGGAUUUGUUUCGCAAGUUGAAAUAGCAGAAGCUUACUUUGACAAGCUUGUCUCCAGGAAUCUGUUGGAGCGGGAACAGGAUUUUUACUACUUAAUUCACCCCAUUAUCUUAGCCUUCCUCGUGUGCAAAGCAAAGGAAGAUAAUUUUAUUGCUUACCAUUGGGGCGAUAUGCCAAACUCCUCGCAUGCCAAACAGAUCCGUCGUCUUUCUCUCGGAACGGAUCGCUGUCCAGAUGAGGAUGUGCUGUCUCAUACUCGCUCCCUUGUUGUUUGUGGUAAGCAAUCCCAGCUGGAUGGUGUCCCCUUCAAGGCGUUCAAAAAGCUGCGAGUGCUACAAAUAGAUGAAAGCAGUGGUCGUCUAGAAUAUCGUCAUCUGGUGGAUAUAUGUGGGCUGAUCUCGCUCAAGUGUCUGGAUCUUAUGCAGUGCCGUGAUAUCACAGAGCUCCCACGGGAGAUUGGGAAACUGCAGAAUCUGGAGACCCUGUACGUGGGAGGUACAUGGAUUCGUGAACUACCAACGGAGAUUGAGAGACUGCAGAAUCUGGAGACCCUGUGCGUGGUAGGUAUAUCGAUUAGAAAACUACCAACGGAAAUUGGGAAACUGCAGCACUUAGAGACUCUGAAUGUAUGUGGCACAAAGGUCACGGAGCUGCCUACGUGGAUCGAGAAAUUGCAAUCUUUGAAGACUCUGGAUGUAGGUUGCACAAAUGUCACGGAGCUGCCUACGUGUAUCGAGAAAUUGCAAUCUUUGAAGAAUCUGUAUGUACAGUACACAAAGGUCAAGGAGCUACCAAGGGAAAUCAAGAACCUUGAGCGCUUGGAGACUCUGGAUGUAAGUGGCACAGAGGUCACGGAGCUGCCUACGUGGAUCGAGAAAUUGCAAUCUUUGAAGACUCUGAAUGUAAGCUGGACACCGGUGACAGAGUUGCCCAAGGAAAUCGGGAAACUGCAGCAUCUGAGGACUCUGGACAUAAGUGGUUCUAAGGUACGAGAGAUAUCCUGCAGUAAAGACCCGAAUCCGUUAUUAAGUGUGGUUGUUGAUACAAACAUAAAUAGGUUAUCUGUUCAAGUGGAGAAGUUGAUGUUGCAAAGUGGUUGUGAAGAUGUUAUUAUGUCGCAAAGGGAUGACCUAUCCAUCCUCAUCCUCUUUAACCAUUUCGGCUCGAAGUGUGAAGUCCUACCAGUUCGGAUGCUUAGAGUUGCCGGGAGACACAUGAAAGUCCCGCAGUGGGUCAAGCAAGACUUGUGCAAUGUCUGCUCCUUAGAUAUCAGGCUCUGCAAACUGGUGCACGAAGACCUCGAGUUUCUGAAGACGCAGAUGCCCAACCUGCAGGCUCUCCAACUCAGGUUCGAGGUCCUCCCACGGGAGCCGGUUGCCAUCACUGAUGGAGGGUUCUCAAAGCUAGAGACGUUCUACGUUGAUUGCCGUCUGCCACGGGUGAUCACCUUCGGGGAAGGAGCGAUGCCGAAGCUGAAACAUCUUGAGUUCAAGUUCUACACAGGCACAGUAAGUCAAGACUACUACAUGGGCAUCAAGCAUCUCGACAGUCUUGAGAAGGUCGUGUUCCGAUGCUCCGGGUACUAUAGAAGUGACAGUCCGGGCAUCCGCGAGGCAAUUGAUGUACUGAGAAAUGAAGUCGCGGAGCACCCCAACAUGAUCACCCUUUGGGUCAAUAACAUGGAAUGUAAGGUUUUCCGCAGCGGUGAAUUUGAAGAAUGGGAAAAAGAAAUUGAGAAAAGGGAAAAAGAAGUUGAGAAAAAGCGGAAACAAAAACGCAUUGAGGAACGUCUUCGACUAUCGACGGCAGCAGAGGGGCGAGCUCAGCGGGACAAAAACAACGCAAGGGCUGGAAUUGAAAAGGAAAUUCAAGAAAGGAAACGCAAUCUUGAAAUCAGGGUACAACGAUUGGCGGUAACAGAGCACUACUAUAACUUUUUAUCAAAGUCGGGCCUUCCUUCUCCAUGACUCUAUGUGACAUUAUCUGUACGCACACUUGAUUAUGAUUAUUUUUCCAGUUUAGUUUCUCUUCGUCA